GGGAAGAAACCUCACUAAUCGCCACAGACCUUUUGGCUUAAAAUGUCAGGAAAAAACCAGUACAAUGUCCUGGUGGACAUGGAAGACGAAACUGUAUACAACCAGCCUGCCACCAUUGAGAGCGAUGGACUAGAAUUUCAAGACUUUACCAGCAGCUCCAAUGCAGGCAGUUCUGCCAAAGCACCUCCACCACCGCCUAGCGCAAACAACAUCAACUACUUUGACACACAGCAACAGACAUCUCCUAGAAGCAAUAAACCUCUUUGGUCGUUAGACUACUAUGCCCAAUUCUUUGACGUUGAUACGACCCAGGUUUUGGAACGUUGCUUGAAGUCACUAUACCCCGUGGGAGAUUUCGCCUCAGACACGUUAAACAAUCAACCUGAUCUUUACGGACCGUUCUGGAUCGCGACAACAGUGGUUUUUGCUGUAUUUGUAUGCUCAUCGUUGGCAGGCUCUUUGGCAGCCUAUAUGAACGAUGCUACGCACGUAUAUGACUUUCGAUUAUUAAGUUAUGCCGUGUUCGUUAUCUACACGUACUCAUUCGUAUCGCCAGUGUUGGUCUGGGCGUCUACAAAGUACUACGGUUGCCAGCCCAACCUGUUAGAAAUCAUCGAUUUUUACGGUUAUUCUCUGACCAUUUGGAUCCCAGUAUCGGUUCUCUGUGUGAUGCCUUUUGAUAUUGCACGCUGGGUAUUUGUUAGUAUUGCUUUUGCAUUAACAGCCUUUUUCUUGACCAAGAAUCUUUACAUGGUCAUUUCUCGCGCUGAUGCGAAAACGUCACGUUUUAUCCUACUCGCCAUUCUGCUCGCUCACGCUAUUUUCGCCUUGGUGCUAAAAGUGGCCUUUUACAGUUAUGAUUUUAGAAAUACUUCAAAGUCUGAAGUUCCGCCUCCGGACUUUUCCAAAGUCAUCGAUGUGCUCUAUCCUGAACAGCAUGAGCAACUGGUAGAAGUAACCCUCAAGCAUGAACUGACCUCCCUAUCACAUCUUUUUGGUGAUCGACCCACCAAUUUCUCAAAGGCAUAUAUCAUAAAGUCUGUUCCAGGCUUGAUUGUCAUUCCCAACCCUUUCACGCCUCAAGCCCAGCGGUACCUUAUCAAAGAAAGCUUGUCCAACUACCCUCGCCCACCAAAUAUAUCUAACCUUGAUACACACUAUGACAUUGAUGUCGAUGGACUGUGGCAGCUUUAUGAGAAAGAGGAACAAGGCAUCUUGAAAGAUUAUUUGGUACCAAAAAAAGCGACAGCCGAGAGUGACAGUAGCGAUGACGAUACAGACAUAGACACAUAUGAAGAGGAACCACAACCACAGACACAGACACAGACAUGUCCGGCAACUGCAUGCUCACCGUCGUUUGUUCCGGAUCUGUCAGGGCCCAAGCCCGACCCUCUACCUGCUGCAACGGUCCCGCUUCUAAAACCGUCAGAACUGAUCCGAAAAAUCCGAUGGAUUACCCUAGGAUAUCAUUAUCAUUGGCCCACGAAAACAUAUCAUUUUGAUCGACGCUACCCUGUGCCAGACGAUGUUGCCGAGCUGACGCAUGCGGUGGCGGUGGCUGUUGAGGGUAUCGGUUACGAAGGAGAACAGCCAUGGAGGAACACGUACCGGGGUGCCGACUUUAGGGCACAGGCGGGUGUUGUAAACUAUUACCAGUAUCGCGAUGCUUUGAUGGGGCAUGUAGAUCGUAGCGAACUCAAUAUGGAAGCUCCGCUAAUAUCACUGAGUCUAGGCAAUGCUUGUAUCUAUCUCAUUGGCGGUGAAACACGCGAUACAGAACCUGUCGCGUUACAUCUGCGGAGUGGAGAUAUUGUAGUGAUGACAGAAGCCUGUCGAAAAGCGUUCCAUGGCGUUCCAAGAAUUCUGGAAGACACACUCCCAGAUUAUUUAUCUCCGGCUGCCACUUAUCCUGAUGCUCCAAAUUGGAAAUUGUUUGGGACAUACAUCUCCACGUCACGAAUCAAUAUCAAUAUCCGCCAAGUAUACAAAGAACAUAGCUCUACUUGAAGAUUCGAAAUUAAAGCAGCAUCACAGACAAUAGAAAAUGAAAUUGAAUGAUAGUACAUAAAAAAAUGAGUAGCAUUAUGGUUGCGCGGCCAGAGGAGAUAUGUUUAC